CACCCAUUCUGCUUCACUAAAGCUGAGCGUGACAACACAGCGACACCCGGAAGGCACGAGACGAUCAGUGAGGAGCCAAGAAUGAAUCGCUUCAAGACGUCCAAAUUUAAGAACACCACUCCGAAGAUCUCUAAGAAAGAUGAGUGGAUCUCAAAUGUGCGAGGAAGCUCCCUUAAUUCUCAGGGUAACCAUAUUAAAUCCAGCUGCAGCAUUGUGGCCUUCAAUACCGACCAGACUGGCGGUGGGAUGGUUGGGCUAAGCUCACUUGAUCCUGGGCCUGAUGGCAAAUUUAUAGUAACUCAGAUUCCAUGUCAUACGGACCAAGUGACUGAUCUGGAUUUCUCCCCAUUUGAUGACUAUCUCUUAGCCACGUGCUCAGCUGAUGAGACGGUAAAGGUAUGGCGUCUGUGUGAUCCAGGUCAGGAGCAGGCUUUAAGUGCUAAUGCAUCUUUAAAUCCUGGUGAAGGGAGACUGGAGCUGGUGCUUUUCCAUCCCACUGCUGCAGGCUUGCUGGCAGUCGGCUCUGGCAGGGGCGUCCAGGUCUGGGAUACUAACAGAGAAAAAGGCCUGGCAGUUCUGGAGCAGCAUAAGGAGCAGUUGCAGGGUCUGGCCUGGAAAGACGAUGGUUCCUUACUGGCCUCCACGUGCAAGGACAAAAACCUGCGCAUCUUUGAUCCGAGAGCACAGUUGUCUGCAGUCCAGUGUGCUCAGGUUCUUUAUAGCAACAAGGAUUCUCGUGUUGUCUGGGUAAAAGGUGAUCAUAUCCUCACUACAGGAUUCAGUCAGAGUCGGCAGCAGGAGGUACGGCUGUGGGAUUACAGGAAGCUGAACACUUCUCUGAGCUCUGCAUCUUUAGCUACUUCCAGUGGGACUUUAAUGCCAUUGUAUGAUCCUGAUACUAGUCUCCUCAUAGUGUCAGCAAAGGGAGACAGUGUGAUCGACUGCUUUGAGGUGACCACAGGCGAGCCAAGCCUUUCACAAGUGAGCCAAUGCCUGUGCGAUGCGUCCACACGUGGAAUAGCAAUCGUGCCCAAACUGGCGCUAGAUGUAGGACAUUGUGAAGUGCUGCGGGUGAUGCAGUUGUCUGACAAUUUCAUUGUCCCAAUCAGCUACCAGGUACCUCGCAAGGCAGGACAGGACUUCCAUCCUGACCUAUAUCCAGAUACUGCAGGCCACACAGCAGCCAUGACAGCAGAUGAAUGGUGGCAAGGAAUGAACAAGCAAGUGGAAAAGCUUAGCCUCCACCCAGACAAGAGGCCAAAGGGGAAAACUCAGCCAGAUAAACAGGUCACAGCAAAUGAGCUGCCUCAUAGAAAAAGUAAAGAGGUGCCCUCCACUUCCAGUAGUGCCCUCAGUACCCCCAGCAACAGUAUGGCUCCAUCCCGCUCACCCUCCUCCACCAGCGAUCUGUCCUCUGGAUUCAUCCCCAGCCCCAGCCAGAGCUCCCGUGCCAUUCAGAACAUGCUGGGUCCAAGCUCCAGAUUCCGUCACAUUCAGGGCACUGUUCUGCAUCGUGACACACACAUCACCAACCUGCGUGGCAUGAGUCUAACUACACCAGGCGAGUGUGAUGGCUUCUCUGCCAAUGCACAGCGGGUGGCAGUGCCUCUGGCCAUUGCAGGAGGGCAGAUUGCUGUGCUUGAGAUUUCUCAACCUGGGAAACUUCCAGACACAACAUUGCCCACCAUCCAGAACUCUGUGAAUGUGGCUGACUUCUGCUGGGACCCUUUUGAUCCUUACAAACUGGUGGUUGCUGGUGAUGAUGCAAAGAUCCGUGUGUGGAAGAUUCCAGAAGGUGGACUGGUAGAAACACUGACUAUACCUGAGUGUAUUCUACAGGGACACACUGAGAAAAUCUACUCCAUCAAGUUUCACCCACACGCCUCAGGUCUACUGGUGUCCACAUCAUAUGACAUGACAGUGCGACUGUGGGACCUGGAAACUCGAAGUGAAGCCAAAAAACUGAGUGGACACCGUGACCAGAUAUUUGGAAUAGCUUGGAGUCCCAAUGGUAAGUUGUUGGCUACUGUGUGUAAAGAUGGAAAAGUACGUGUGUUUGACCCACGCAAGUCUUCAGAGCCUAUUCAGGAGGGCCCUGGUCCUGAGGGCCACAGAGGUGGACGUGUAGUCUGGGUGUGUGAUGGCCAGUACCUUCUGGUGUCAGGGUUUGACUGUCGCAGUGAGCGACAUCUUUACCUGUUCUCUGCUAAGUCCUUAGCCUCUGGACCCGUGGCUACUGUACCUGCAGACGUGUCACCUUCAACUCUUAUCCCAUUCUAUGACCCUGACACCAGCCUUGUUAUUCUUACAGGGAAGGGUGACAUACGCGUGUACAUCUAUGAGAUCAUAACAGAAGCCCCUUACUUUAUGGAGUGCAGCAGCUUUCAAUCCUCUGAGCCACACAAGGGCUUGUGCUUCUUGCCAAAGACAGAGUGUGAUGUACAUGAAGUAGAGGUGGCCAGAGCUGUCAGACUUAGCAAGACCACCAUUGAGCCAGUGGCCUUCAAAGUGCCUCGAGUCAGAAAAGAGUUCUUCCAGGAUGAUCUGUUCCCUGAGACAGCAGUGUUGUGGGAAUCAGCUCUGAGCGCUGCUGCCUGGCUCUCUGGUUCUGAUGGACAGCACCGCAAAAUCAGCAUGCAACCUAAAGACAUGACCCCUGUGAGCGAGGCUCCUAAGGAAGCACCAGCAAGGAAGUACAUCCCGUCUUCUGUGUAUCUUGAAGAAAAGACAGAUGAACAGAAAAAAGAAGAGCUUUUGAGUGCCAUGGUAGCUAAGCUGGGGAACAGGGAAGAUCCACUGCCACAGGAAUUAUUCGAGGGGGUGGAUGAAGAUGAAUGGGAUGACUAAUGAGAAGCCUUGCCGGGUACAGUGCCAUUAACAGAAAACGCAUGUUGUUCCUCAAUGCCUGACUGAAAACAACGCUCCAAUACAUUCGCUUAUGCAUCACAAAAUCCAACAUACAUCUUUUUCAUCUAUAAGAGCUAAAUGAACAUAAUUUUCUGUAGCUGAAUAGGCACUUCUGUGGUCAGUUAUGAUGCCAUUAGGUACAUGCAGACUGUUUAAAACAUAAGAAUGGUUGAAUGUACUGAGUCUCAUAGCAUUGUAUGUGUUUUUAACUAUAGAUCACAAUUAAUUUUUUAUAUUGUUAACUGUCUAUAACUUUGUAACAAUGUUUCAUAAGCUGCUCCUUAUUCCACAAUUAACCAAUAUUUUUCCUGAGUUAUCAGGAACACUGAAUCUCUAGAAUGUGUUUUCAGGUGUUAUGAUUAUAUUACAUAUAGUAUAUCAUGUCAGAAAAUGAAUUAAUUCAAAUCCAGACUUACAUAAAACACCCACGGCUACAUCUAUUACAUAACUCUGUACUGCAGUUUUAAUAUAUAUACACUGUAGCAAAUGGUGAUUGUCUGAUAUUUUCCACCUAGUCAGUUGAAAGUAUUUGUUCAACUUCACCCACAGUUGUAUAAGCAAUACCACAAUAAUAUUCUAAAUAUUUGACAGGAGACUUUUGCAUGUUAUAGAACUUUCUAUUCUCCUUCUAAUCAGCCUACAUAUAAAUCCAUUAAGAUACUAUUCGUUUAAUUAUUCUGCAUUCUCUGAAAAAUCAUCCAGCAAGUUUGCUCUUACUUUCCUGUUCAACCAAAUGUGCCAUAUAGAAAUGUUGCCUUGUAAUAAAGCCUUUUGCAGGUUUAACCAUA